AUGAGAUUCUUGACUAGAGAAAGGUUCUGUGACAUGGACGCCCAGCCCAACUCGGUCGGUCGGUUGGCCCACCUAACAGAUGAUGAGAUUUUCGAUCGAUUUGAUCGAAUUUUGAAAAGUCUUUCUCACUAUUCAGAACAGUGGAGCUUUCGAUCAAGAUGUUAUCGCCUCCCCCGUUCGGGCUCUCGCUCGAAUCUCCACCUUUAUGCGUUGGUAGGCUUUCGACUCAAUCUAAUAGCCUACCUAUCGGGCGCCAAUAAAAGAGAAAGUUUUCGCAUGGGCUCAUCAUCUGAUGCAGAACCGAUGCGAGAGGGAUAA